CACGUACUUUCCUCGAUUUGGCAAGAUCAGGUGCCACCGCCACAUUCUCAAUUGGCGAAAACAAUAAACUAAACUAAAAACUAAAUCUGAUCUUUUACGCUGCCGAUGGGAGCGUCUCAGUCUACAGAGCCCGCGGUUUCCGCCGAACAAAGGGAGGCAGAAUCCGUCGCAGCCUCCACCGGUACUCUCCCUCUCCUCCACAAAGCCUUCUCCAACCUCUCCAAUCCCCAAACUAAUGCUGUCCCCUUCGAAAAUCUUCCGCAAUGCUUCGGUUUCGCACGCGAAGAUCGAACCUACUCCGGCAACAGCGUCCCGGCUUCGUUUCCAGUUUUGUUGGAUCACUUAGGUUCCUCAAUCGUCGAUCAAUUUUUCGUUCCCGGCAAAGGUGGAAUCGAUUGGCUUCAGUUCGUUAAUGGCUUCAAUAAGUGCUGUGCUAGGGUUUCUGCGUCUGUUUCACUUAACAUGCUUUUCAGAGUGUUUGCUGCAAUGGCUUUGAAAGCGAAUGUGCCUCUGCAUUUGGUGUUUGAGUCUGAGGAUGAUGAAUGCAAGAUUAAUGGUCACCUUCUUCCGAGUGAUGUGCUUCUUCUUCUUUACGUGUGUUGGGUUAUGUCUUGGGAUUGUAGAAAUUUGGGAAAUUCUGAAAGGAAAGGGAAUGUUAGGUUACCUGAUCUUAGCCAUUUGGUGUUGUCAGCGAUCACAUCUUGUAGCAAAGUUGAGGGUGGCUUCAAUGUGUGGGAUUGUGAUGUAUCAAGUUUGGGAGUUGAACUUCCUGCAGGGAAGUUUGUUACUUGGGUUAUGAGUACGGUGCCAUGUCUUCCAGAUUGCUUAAGGCAGUAUUUUCAUGCAAGAAUACAAAUGGCAGGGGAUCAAUUGGAAUAUUUGAAUUCCUCUACUGGAGAAGGAAUGGAUAAAAACCUUCUAUAUCGGUCAUCUACUCAUGGACGAGGCCUCAAUAGAUUUUGGUCUCAUGUAGAAGGUUACAAGGGUCCACUGCUAAUUUUGAUUGCCGCAAGUUCAGGAAAUGCUCGUGAGGGAAGUUCCACUGAUAGGAAAUGGGUUAUAGGUGCCCUGACAAGUCAAGGUCUUGAAAAUAAGGAUACCUUCUAUGGAGCUUCUGGAUGUUUAUAUUCAAUAAGCCCUGUGUUUCAUGCAUUCCCACCCAGUGGUAAGGAAAAGAAUUUUGUUUAUAGCCACUUGCAUCCUACUGGUAGGGUGUACCAGGCGCAUCCAAAACCAGUGGGAGUUGCAUUUGGUGGAACUCCAGGAAAUGAGAGAAUAUUUAUUGAAGAAGAUUUUUCCAAAGUGACCAUUCGCCACCAUGCUAUUGACAAAACCUACCGUAGUGGUUCUCUCUUUCCGGAUCAAGGUUUCCUAGCCGUUGAAGCUGUGAUUUCAGAAGUGGAAGUCUGGGGACUUGGAGGGGAAGUAGCAAAGAAAGUGCAAAGCUCGUACAAAAGGAGAGAAGAACUCUUCAAUGAACAAAGACGAAAAGUUGACUUGAAAACAUUUGCGAAUUGGGAAGAUUCUCCUGAGAAAAUGAUGAUGGACAUGAUGUCAAAUCCAAAUGCUGUCCAAAGGGAAGACCGCUGAGUUGGACCAUGUGGUUUUGCAUCCCUUAGUACAAGAAUCCUCAGGCAGAAUCAUGGAAUGCCAUCUCGUUCGAUGCUGCUGUGGUUAUUCAUUAUUUUGGAUUCUGAUCCUCAGGUCACUGAUGUAUAUAUUGUGCUUGUGUUGUAAUAAUUGUCUUUACAUGUACAAUGUUGGGUGGGGGUGUGUUAACAUAAUCCUUUAUAAAAUUAUGUAUUCUAUUAAAACAUAUCGCCAUAUCGGACAUGGAUGGGGGAACCUUGCAUCAGAAGAGUAUGAUGUGCGAGUCAAAUUUGGAAUAAGGCUGCACAGUGCCUCAGCCAGGAACCAUAGAGCUAAGUCUCUGUGUCUCGUGCAUAUAUAUCAUU